CAAGCUCCACCACUGCCUCCAGCAACAUGGCUGCCGGAGUGAAUGAGUUCCGGGUCACGAGGUGUCUCCUUAGGGCUCUCUGGUUAAUGAGAGCAUUGCCUUGUUUUACGAUGCGGGCAGCCCUGUGUCUGGCAUUACUGAGCACGGUUACUCUGCCGAUAUCACAGGGGAAUGAUGAAGGAAAUAUGGUACAUCUUGAUGGUGGAAAAUUCCAGAUGGGAACAAAUGCCCCUGAUGGUAAAGAUGGAGAAGGCCCCAUAAGGCAUAUGGCUGUUAAACCAUUUCUUAUAGACAAGUAUCCAGUUACCAAUCAGGAUUUCAGGGAAUUUGUGCGAUCAAAAAAAUACAAGACUGAAGCAGAAACAUUUGGUUGGAGUUUUGUUUUUGAGGACUUCACAUCAGAGGAACUGAAGAAGAAAGUUACUCAGAAGCUAGAGUCUGCCCCCUGGUGGCUUCCAAUAGAAAGAGCAUUCUGGCGUCAGCCAAGCGGUCCAGGAACAGGGAUAAAAGAGAAGCUGAAUUACCCCGUGCUGCAGGUUAGCUGGAAUGAUGCUAAGGCUUUUUGCCAGUGGCUGGGGAAGAGGUUGCCUACUGAAGAGGAGUGGGAAUUUGCUGCUCGCGGUGGCCUUCAAGGCAGAAACUACCCAUGGGGGGACAUGUUUCAGGCAAACCGCAGCAAUCUGUGGCAGGGUACAUUUCCUAAGAAGGACUUGACAAAGGAUGGCUAUCAUGGGGUGUCCCCAGUAACUGCAUAUCCUGCACAGAAUGACUAUGGAUUAUUUGAUAUGCUUGGGAACACAUGGGAAUGGACGUCUUCAGAAUACACAGUAGCUGGGGAGACUAAGAAACAACAUGGUCAGAAGAUGUACACACUACGUGGGGCUUCUUGGAUUGAUACGCAGGAUGGUUCAUUCAAUCACAAGGCUCGGGUAACGACCAGGAUGGGUAAUACCCCAGAUUCAGCGUCUGAUAACCUGAGCUUCCGAUGUGCCAAAGGAAUCAAACAACCAAAUGGACAAAAAAAAGUGGACUUAUGACAUGCUUGCUUUGAAGAAGCCUGGGCUGUUGUCAUGUGAUAGCAGCUGACAAUCCAGCUCACUAAACUGAAUGGAACUGUCGGUAACCGGAUUGCAGUAGUGGGACACUCAUUUUAUUAAAUCAGUGGAAUGGACCGGCAGUCCAA